AGGAGUGAACCAAAUCUUGUCCGAACCUUAUCCGUCUUUUUAGCUACCGCCUCUUUCAGUUCUUUACUCCCACUACAAAAAAAAUCUUGGAAUCCAUUUCUGCAUAAGUUUGUUUGCUUUGCAGAAAAUGUCAGCUCCGAGUCUCUCCAUGGCAGCUACAGCAGCAGUUGCCUCUUCUUCACUCUGCAAGAACAACAAACUUUCCACUCUUUUUUCUUCAUCACUUCAAUCUCUUCCUUCAAAACCUACUCCUAAGCCGUUAAAACCUUUCAACCUCAAAACCCAAAGCCCCAAUUCCCUUCCUUUAACUCUUCACCUAUUUCUCCCACGUUUACCCUGCUUUUCAGCUUCUGUUGACAGCUUCGAAGUUGCGGAAGAUGACCAAAGCACUGGAGAAGAAUACCCAGAAACUCAAGACCUUGAAGAACAACCACUACAGGAAGAAGGUGAAGAAGAGAAGGUUUCAGAGCCUGGCGGUGAAGAAGGAAGGUUGUAUGUAGGGAAUUUGCCUUAUUCAAUGACUUCUUCCGAGUUAUCUGAGAUUUUUAGUGAGGCUGGUCGUGUUGCUAAUGUGGAGAUUGUUUAUGAUCGAGUUACGAAUAGGAGCAGGGGAUUUGGCUUUGUUACAAUGGGGAGCGUUGAUGAUGCCAAAGAAGCAAUUAGGCUGUUUGAUGGAUCUCAAGUCGGAGGACGGACUGUGAAGGUGAACUUCCCGGAGGUGCCAAGAGGAGGUGAGAGGGAAGUAAUGGGACCAGAGAUACGUAGAGGUUACAAAAGCUUUAUAGAUAGCCCUUACAAGAUCUAUGCAGGAAACCUCGGUUGGAGUGUCACCUCUGAAGGUCUCAGAGAUGCUUUUGCUAGUCAACCAGGCCUGUUAAGUGCUAAAGUCAUAUAUGAAAGGGACACAGGAAGAUCUCGAGGUUUUGGAUUCGUAUCCUUUGAGUCUGCUGAGACUGUUGAGGCUGCUCUAAAUGCCAUGAAUGAAGUGGAGGUAGAAGGUCGACCUCUACGAUUAAAUAUGGCUGCCGAUAGAGCUCCCCGUACUCCACCUGAAAUGGAAAGAAACACAGAAGACAGUCUUGAAAGCAGUGAAUUGCUUUCCAGUGUUACUGUUUGAUAGACUAACCAAAGAUAAUAGGUGGUUCAAUAUGGUUUUACAAAAAAAAAAAAAAAAAAAUCUACUUUUUACAAAACCUCUAGUCCAGAACUGUUUACAAAUGUUACAUGUAAAAUCAUAGAGAAAGGAGAUGAUUCUCUCUACUUUUUUUUUUUUGGAGUAUAUGCAUUUCUAUACUGCUUGAGUUAUACAUAUUAUGGCAGUUUCAA